AGUAUAAGACGAUUGUUUUGACUUGCUACUUUUGCUAACUUGUUCUCAUCGCCCUCUUAUUUUGGUUCGUAAAAUCUAGUGAAGAUAACACACACAUGCAACCGUGAGCUAGCAACAUGGGAACCGAAGCUCCAAAUUCCGGUGCAGUGGUCGUAAAUAAGGACAGCACGAACCAGACUGCCCCGCCUGCCAAGCUCGAUGCUGGAGAUUUAUUCGUCCUCAAGUCUCGAGGAUCAUGGUUGCACUGUGGUUACCAUCUGACCACAUCAAUAGUGGCACCAGCGCUUCUUAGCCUACCGUUUGCAUUAGGCUUGUUGGGGUGGGGAGGAGGGGUGGUGUGCCUCAGCUUAUCCGCUCUCGUUACUUUCUAUUCUUACAACCUCUUGUCUUUGGUUCUGGAGGACCAUGCUCGUCGUGGAACCAGACAACUUCAUUUUCGUGCCAUGGCUAAUGAUAUUUUAGGACCAGGAUGGGGAAAGUAUUUUGUAGGACCACUUCAGUUAGGAAUUUGCUAUGGAUGUGUUAUUUCCUGCAUACUUAUUGGAGGCCAGAGCCUUAAGUAUAUAUAUUUGGUGGCUCGCCCAAAUGGAAGUAUGCAGCUCUCUCAUUUUGUUGUUAUAUUUGGAGGAGUAUCAUUAAUCAUGGCUCAAAUGCCAUCUUUCCAUUCCUUGCGGCACAUUAACCUUGUUUCCUUGCUUCUCUGCCUUGCUUAUUGCGCUUGCACUACUGCAGGAUCCAUAUACAUUGGAAAGUCCAGCGAUGCACCACCAAAAAAUUAUAAUAUUAGCGAAGUUGGCAUUAACAGACUCUUCAACAUCUUCAAUGCUAUUUCUAUUAUUGCUACUACAUACGGAAAUGGAAUCAUCCCAGAAAUACAGGCAACUAUGGCUCCACCUAUUCAGGGGAAGAUGUUCAAAGGGCUACUGGUUUGUUAUUCUGUUGUAAUCACAACAUAUUUCAGUGUUGGGAUAUCCGGGUACUGGGCUUUUGGCAAUCAAGUAAUGCCGACAGUUCUUUCAAACUUUACUGACAAUGGAAAAUAUUUGCUCCCGAAGUGGUUUUUAGUGAUCACCAAUAUAUUCGUACUUGUCCAAGUGUCUGCUGUCAGCCUGACAUACUUGCAACCAACAAACGUUGUUUUAGAGCGCCGUUUUGCUGAUCCAAAGAAGGAUGAAUUCUCUACAAGAAAUUUAGUCCCACGACUGAUUUUCAGAUCACUGUCCAUCGUUAUAGCAACCACAGUUGCUGCAAUGUUACCUUUUUUCGGAGAUAUAAUGGCUUUGUUGGGGGCCUUGGGUUUCAUUCCUCUGGACAUGGUUAUGCCAAUGCUUUUCUACAAUGUCACAUUUAAGCCUUCUAAAAGAAGCUUAGUUUUCUGGGGAAACACUAUUAUAGCGGUUGUAGCCACAGUUCUGGCCGUCGUAGGGUCAGUAGCGUCUGUGAGACAAAUAAUUAUAGACGCCAAGAACUAUCGGUUGUUUGCCAAUGUAUAACUAAUUAUAUGAAGCCAGUAACUUUUCUACCGCUAGUUGACAGAAGCACCCGAUUUGUUGGUCCAUUCACAGGGAAUCGUAUAUGUAAGUAAGAGCAAUGUUGUUCGUAUAAGAAAUACUAGUUGAUAUAAUAUCUGUUGAAAAUUUACUUGUCUUUA